AUGAACAGGUGUUGUGAACUGUCUGUUAUUGAUCUAGUGGUGGAGGAGCUGGUGGUGGUGUUUGUCCGUUGGAUAAGAAAUGAAAAGGUUGUGAACUGCUUAUACCCAAAACCUAAUGCCAUCUUCAGACUCAUUUGCUUUCCCUGGGCAGGAGGUGGUUCCAUGCAUUUUGCCCAAUGGGGCCAAAAGAUUCAAGAUUCCGUGGAAGGAAAAGGGGGCCAGGUGGAUGCCCUGCAUGUUCUUAUGGGAUCCUAUGUUGCCUUUCUGACUGCACUACAGCUAAAAGAAAAAUAUAAGUUAGAACCAUUACAUUUAUUUGUGUCAAGUGCAAAUGCUCCUCAUGCAAUGUUCCUGCCUGACAUUCCAAAUGAUGACGAAAUAGAAGAAGUAGUUCAUGAUUUUCUUACGGAGGUUGGUGGCACUCCUGAGAAAUUGAUAAACAGUAAACAAUUUAUUCGAGAGUGUAUUCCCGUAACGCUGGCAGAUGUAUGCAUGAUUAAAAAUUACAUUGUUGAUCCCCCAUCUGAGCCUGUUCUUUCUUGUGACCUAACAUGUUUUUUUGGAUCCGAAGAUAAAUUAAUAAAGGACAUAAAAGCCUGGAAGGUUGUAACCAGUGGAACUUUUGACACACACCGUCUUCCAGGAAAUCAUUUUUAUCUUAUGGAACCCUCCAAUGAGACCUUCAUCCAGAACUAUAUAACCAAGUGUCUAGAACUAUCCUCACUUUAUUAG